ACCCCCAUAUCAUUUUUUUUCUCCUCAGAAAAGCAGCCGGGUUUUUUGGCGACGUCACAUCUAGGAAAGUACACAUUCCUGUCAUAGUGCAUUACUCGAACACAAGAAGAUCUUUCUUUUUAUGAAAAAACGGCAGCUGACUGUCUUAUGAAAUAUCGUAAUAAUUAGCUAUUAUUACACCAAGAUUUCUGUAAUAACCAGCUACAUUCUUUUUUUUUUCAAGCAAAUAGCUGGCUGUCCAACGAGCUAACUGUGCUAUCUAACGUUAGCUAGCUAUGUUUACUUUCGUCUUCAAGCUUCGUUGAUCAGUCACGGGUGCAACAACCCUGCAAGGGAAACAUGGGCGAUUGUGAAGUUUAAACGUUUAUCUUUAUAUUGCCCAUUGAUCAAUUUUGUUUACGGACAUCAGACAGGGGAGCUAAAUUAAUAGCUAAGGUUAGUUAGCAACGCUAGCUGACUAGCAACACUAACGAAGCAAUGGAUAAGCCUCCUUUCAGACAAAACCAAAACUGCGGGAACUGGGAAUUGAAAGAGAGAUUGGGCAUGGGCGGUUUUGCCCAUGUCUACCUGUAUCAACAUCAUGACACAUCAGAAAAAAUUGCGGUGAAAAUGUGUCGCCUGGAGUUGACAGCAAGAAACAAAGACAGAUGGAGCAGAGAGAUCCAGAUCAUGAAAAAGUUGAGUAAUCUCAAUGUAGUGACAGCCAGAGACGUGCCAGAGGAGAUGAAGCACAUUGCCUUAAACGAUCUUCCACUGCUGGCCAUGGAGUACUGUUCCAAGGGAGACCUCAGAAAGAUGCUGAGCAAGCCUGAAAAUUGCUGUGGACUGAAAGAAAGUGAAGUACUUUCCCUGCUCAAUGAUGUUGGUUCAGGCAUCCAGUAUUUGCAUGAAAACAAGAUCAUACACAGAGACCUUAAACCAGAAAACAUAGUGCUCCAGGAAGUCAAUGGAAAGUUGGUUCACAAAAUUAUAGACUUGGGCUAUGCCAAAGACUUGGACCAGGGGAGUCUGUGCACUUCAUUUGUGGGAACACUGCAAUACCUGGCCCCUGAAUUAUUUGAGAAUAAGCCUUACACUGUCACAGUGGACUACUGGAGUUUUGGCACAAUGAUAUUUGAAUGCAGUUGUGGGUUCCGGCCUUUUCUGCACAAUCUUCAGCCUGUCCAGUGGGCCAGCAAAGUGCGGAACAAAGGUCCCAAAGACAUCAUGGCUGUGGAGGAAUUGAAUGGGGAAGUCAGAUUCUCCACACAUUUACCAUACCCCAACAAUCUGAGCAGGACACUCCUGGAGCCCAUGGAGAUGCUGCUGCAGCUGAUGCUGAAAUGGGACCCUGUCCAGAGAGGAGGCAAGACUAACGCUGACAGCAAGAAACCCCUGUGCUUUGAAGUGUUGGAACAGAUAUUAUGCAUGAGGGUUGUCCACAUCCUGAACAUGACCACGGCCCAGGUCCACUCAUUCCAGCUGGCCCCAGAUGAGAGCCUCCAUAGCCUGCAGCGCCGCAUCGAGACUGAGACCAAGAUCGAGUUGGUCAACCAGGAGCUGCUGCAGGAGACAGGGGUGUCGCUGGACCCCAGGAAGCCCGCAGCCCAGUGUGUCCUCGAGGGGGUGCGAGGCUGGGACAGUUACAUAAUCUAUUUGUUUGACAAGAGUCUCACCAAGUACUCUGGUCCCUUCAGUGCUAGACAGCUGCCUGAUAAAGUCAACACUAUUGUGCGGGAGGCUAAGUCCCAGCUGCCCCUGGUGGUGCUGAAGAAGGUGUGGGGCGAGGCGGUGAGCUACAUCUGUGGAUUGAAGGACGACUACAGUAGACUGUUCCAGGGCCAGAGAGCUGCCAUGCUGAGCCUCCUGCGCUACAACACCAACCUGACCCGGUGCAAGAACGGCAUGUUUGCCUUCUCCCAGCAGCUGAAGGCCAAGCUGGACUUCUUCAAGAGCAGUAUCCAGUACGACCUGGAGAAGUACAGCGAUCAGAUGCACUAUGGGAUCUCCUCUGAGAAGAUGCUGAAAGCUUGGCAGGAGAAUGAGGAGAAGGCGGCUGCAUAUGCACAGGUGGCCGAGGUGAGCCACCUGGACGAGGAAAUCAUGUCGUUACACUCAGAGAUCGUGGAGCUGCAGAGGAGUCCCUACGCUCGUCGCCAAGGAGACAUCAUGGAGCAGCUGGAGGACAAGGCGAUUGAACUCUACAAACAACUAAAAAUGAAAUGCCGAACACCUGACCCUGGUGUGAGCAGUGACAGCUCAGAGAUGGUUAAAGCCAUUAUACAGACUGUCCAGAACCAGGACAAGGUCCUGAGAGACCUCUACACACACCUCAGUAAGAUCUUAUUGAGCAAGCAGAAGAUCAUUGACCUGUUCCCGCGCAUCGAGAAGACACUGGAGAACAUCAAGGAUGCCGACAACACCGUGAUGCAGAUGCAGAUUAAGAGACAGAGAGAGUUCUGGCACCUAUUGAAGAUUGCCUGUGCUCAGAAUUCUGCAAGGAACUCGAUAGCAGCCAGCCCAGAGUCGUCCAACCCUCUGCAGGUGUCCCAGUGGGCCCAGUCUGCCCAGCCCAUCAGCUCCCCUCACCCACUCACCUCCCUACCUGGACCCAAUGACAGUGAUGCUGCCCCACGACUGCUUCAGGAGAACCAGAAGUACCUCAGUCAGCUGACCAGCCUGAUGCAAGAAGCUGCUGACGAGCAGUCCAAAAGCGUAGUGGACCAAGAUUGGAGCUGGACUAAAUAUGAAACGUCUACAAAACUGCAAAAACGAAAUGUGUGAAUUCGUCAACCACAGGAGACUGCUGAGGGGAGGAUGGAUCAUAAUAAUGGCUGGAAUAGAGUGUAUGGAAUGGCAUCAAACACAUGGAAACCAUGUGUUGAAUACCAUUCCAUUCAUGCUGUUCCAGCCUUUUAUAUGAGCCCGCCCUCCCCAAUUCAGGUGCCACCGGCUGUCUCUGAUGUCAACAACAAACAAGGCAUUGUCUAGCUAAUCCCUGCCUGCUCUCCAACCAAGUAACACUAAGGACUGAAUGUCGUUAACAAAAUGGAGUCACGGUUAUGUUGUACAUUGUGAUGUGUGGUCAUCCACUUUAACGACUAGCCGGAGGCCCCCCCCCCAAAAAAAUGGCUGAUAAAAAAUACACAUGCUCAAUGACUCACUUCUCCAUUUUCUCAGCUAUUUGGUGGGAAAGGUAGAUAAUGUAGCAUGGCUAUUAUAUGAACAAAAAAACUGAUUAUCUGAACACAAGACGUCAGUCGUCCUUUGCUCUUCAAGCAAAUGUCACCUUUUCCUCACUGAUUAUUGUGCAAAUCUAAGUACCACUAUUCAUCAAAAUCCACAUUUUACUAUUAAUAUCAUAUCAAAGUAUCUAAACUGUUAAAUCAGGCGAACUGUAGCAUCUGAUUGUGAGUGAAAGUUUUGUAAUGACGGAGUAUAGCUACAGUGUGUUUGGGCUAUGGAAAUGGGACUGAUAAGAAAGCUUGAUAUGCAUGCACAUUUGUAUUGAGCCUCAUCAUGUCUCCUGAUGUGACUCAACACAAGGAAAACCACAAAAGAUGGAGGUGGUAAAAGGAAAUUACAAUCAAGCAACAGCACUUUGACACUCCCAAGUAUCCUUGUUCCCUUCUAUACAGAGGAAGUAGUCAGACAUCUGGGGGAUGGAUGCCCUCUAGAAUCCUGUUUAUGAGUCUGCUCUAGUGACACAGCUCUCGUUUCAAUCAUCCAAUGGGACAGGAAAUGUAUAAACUGUAUUUCAAAUAAAGUCAUGCAUCGAUCAAGGGGAUAGGGUUUUGAUCAUGUGUGAAUCUUAUUUUGAUUUAAGAAAAGUAUUCUAUCAUGACUACACUCUUUCCAUAGAAGGGGGGGAAAUAUGGAAAUCCCAUAGUUACUUUGUGACAAAGGAUGCUGGUCUGUUUCAUAUGUUGGAAUUGUUGAUAUGUUUAAACCUGAAAAAUGGAAUACAUACAAGUUAAAUUCAGUUUUUUGUGUGCAUUCUUUUCACUGGAUGCUCAAUGUAUGGAAACAAAUGGCGGGACAUGGUAAAUUAUUGAAUGUACUGUAGUUACAACCCUUGAGGUGUAACUUAAGUGUUGACUGUAACAAAGAUAAAGUGGAUGCUAAUGCUCCAGAAAGAUGUAUUUAUGUAGUUAAGUGCAAUGGACAACAUUUAUUUUUAGUAGUUAAGUGAUAUCAGUUUCCUUCAUUAAGGUUUGUUUCCAUCUGAUGGUUUUAACCAGUCUGAAUGUUUACUUUCUAGCAAUUGUAUAGAUUAACAUUUUCUUGGUAUUACAAUAAAAAAUGACUUUGCAUGAAUUUGUAUUCCUUACAUUGGUUCUGAAGAUGCUCUUUAACUGUAUCAAAGCAGUCCCCUGGCUGCUGUGGAUUGAGAAAAUGUAGCCCUACUUUACUAUGUUUGUGGUACUUGCUAUUUCUGCCAGUGGUGGUUACUAUGCCCAUAUUUCUGCUUUACCAAAUUCCAAAGGUUGAUUUUAAUAUGCUUGCUGAAGCUUGAGGAAUGUGUGUAAAGAAGAAACCUGUCCGCAAACAAACAAGCUGUGUCUUUGGUUUACUGUGGUUACAUGAUU